AUGACCUUUGAGCAGGAAGUGAUUAAUGUUAGGACUCUGACCCAGCGGAAAACGUCAUUUCUCAGGCGCCAGUCGACGAUGUUGAGCAUGAAAGCGCAGGUGGAUGUGGUCUGCUGUAAAUCAGUAGGAACUGAUCUGUCCAUGCUGGAUAUUGAGGAUUUCAUCACAGAAAUCUGUCAGCUGAAGAAAGAGGUGGCUUCACUGGAGGCAAAGCUGAGAGAAAGAGGAGACAAACUGAACAGAGAGGAUGUGGAGCAGGUUUGGGUGCGUGAGACUGAUGGGACAGAAGCUCAGGAUUCAGUCUGGAGCGUCAGAGAUCAGAGAUCCAGAGACACACAGGACUCAGAGCUCAGCCUCACUUUACUCUGUUAUACUGACGCUCAGGAUCAUGAAUCCACUGAUCAAACCUCUGACUGUAACGCUGGAGAACAGCAGAUGCUGCAGACGCCGCUGAAGAUGUGCUCCGUCAAACUGGUGGACUGCAGGAACCUGAUCGAGAGCAGAGGAGAAGAAACCACCGUAAAGGAAGAACCAAACUCUGUAAAGGAAGAACAAGACACUGAUGAGGAAGAGGAGGUUUAUGAAGAUCAGAAUAAUGAUGAGGAUGAUGACUUUGUUCCUUCAGAUGACAACGCUUGUUCAUCUUCUGAUGGAGAAACUGCCUCCACUUCCAAAGAGCAAUGGACAGUGACAGACUGUGGAGAAACAUUGAGCAAGCAUGGUCAUUUAGCAACACAGGAGAUAAAGUACACAAAGCAGAAAGACUUCAGCUGCAACAUAUGCAACAUCAGUUUUCCAACCUUCAAAGAGAAGAGACUUCAUUCAAAAGAGCACAGCGUGAAGAAGGAGUUUCGCUGUGAACAGUGCGGGAAGGAUUUUUUCACCACUCCUUAUAAUAUGAAAGCUCAUAUAAAGACACACGAAGAAAAGUCUCUUCAGUGCAACGAAUGCAACAAGUUUUUCCGCAAUAAACGAGAUCUUUCAAGUCAUAUGAGAAUUCACACGGGUGAAAAACCGUACAAGUGCCCUCAAUGUGAGAAGAGCUUCAGGCAGACAUAUCAUCUGAAGAGACAUCUACUCACGCACAGCAAUGAGAGACCGCAUCAGUGCAAUGAAUGUGGAAAAACUUUUAGAAGCUUAGCUUCAUUAAAUGUACACCAAAAAAUGCACUCUGAUGACAAACCGUAUCAGUGCCCUCACUGUGAGAAGAGCUUCAAAUAUGGAAUCAGUCUGAAGAACCAUGUGUUAAUGCACAAAAAUGAAAGACCGUUUCAGUGCAGUGAAUGUGGGAAAACUUUUACAAACUCAGCUUCUCUAAAGUUACACCGAAAAAUGCACUCUGAUGACAAACCGUUUCAGUGUUCACACUGUGAGAAACGUUUCUAUCAUACGACUCACAGAAAAUCGCAUGAGCGGACUCACACCGGAGAGAAACCAUACCUGUGCUCUGACUGCGGGAAGAGCUUCGCUAGUUCAUUUGCUUUCAAAAUUCAUCAGAGAAGUCACACGGGAGAAAGACCUUAUCCCUGUAGUGAUUGUGGGAAGAGUUUCUAUAAGCUAAAUGAUGUAAAACUACACCAGAGGACUCAUACAGGAGAAAAACCUUUUAAAUGCUCACUUUGUGACAAGACUUUCGCCGUAUCAACUUCCCUGAAGACCCAUGAACGAAUACAUACAGGAGAGAAACCUUACUGCUGCUCCAUCUGCGGAGAGAGAUUCGCUUUUAAAUGGAGCUUUCAGAGCCACAAGAAGAAGCACGCUGCUCCAGAAUCAUCAUAGCUUCUUCAGGCAAACUGGCCACUUGGACGUUCUCGAGAAGUCCAGAACAGAUGUCAAUCCAGUUGAUGGCCGUCGGCCUAAGAAAAAGUGUCCGAUUAAGGAAUGUUGAUGGCCAACAAAAGGGGUUGCUAAUGCAAUCUAUAUUUGCUGAUAAAAAAAAUGAAACUUUCCCAAAGGAGAGUGCCUCAUGUUGGCAAGCAAAAGAUGUAAAGAUAAAGGCAGUUGGGGAGAAGCUUAAAGGAAAAAAAGUGAAAAGUUACAUCAUGUUACCUUUGUUCGCCUCUCUCACUAUACAUGGCAUGUAGCCUAUAGCACUGUGGUAAAAUCCCAGGACACCCCUAGCCUGAGCGUCCACUGCUAUUUAUCACUCUGCAUCGUCUGGCAUGAAUAUCCAUUCAUUCAUAAAGAGACUGCAGCGAUUCUACAACGGGUUAAUUUUAGUUCAUACAAUAGGCUAAUACAUUUAUUUCAGUCCUCGG